UCCAUCAGCGUUCAGAUCAAGCGUUCGAGAGUUCAGAAUCCAAUCGUUCAAGAUGUGGCGCCUUCAGCUGUUCCUUUUGUUGUCCACCUGCUUCCUCAUACCCUACGAGGCGAAGCCAACGAAGCGUUCGCCCAUCGGCUCCUCCACUCCAUCCUUCAUCAGCACAAUCGCUUCAGCCUCAGCUGAAGCUGCAACCUCCACAUCCACCUCCAGCUCCAGCUCCACCUCAAUGGAAACGUCGACCUCCACAGAUGACAUGGUAGUCAGCAGCACAGCAGCCACAGACACAGACCCAGACACAGUGGCCCAAGUGGUGCGACGAGUGACGAACAUUGGACGUCUGGCCGCCAAGGAUCUGGCCGAUCUACUGCUGGCCAGCAUGCAGGCGCGAGGCAUCAAGCUGACACCCUUCCAGGAGACGACGAUGAAGUCCCUGCGCAGCGACGAGUCCAAGGAGGCCCAGAGCGCAGCCGCCCAGCUGCAUGUGGGCAUGGAUGUGAUCAUCGACAUUCUGAUUGGUGCCCAAUCGGAGGCCAGCUGUGGCCACAUCAUCCGCGACAUUGAGAAGUCGCAGGACAAGAAUAGUCUGACCCUGACACUGAAGUCCUUCCUGGCCCUCUGCUCCUUCAAUGGCAUCGAGUGCACUGAAAACGAGGUGGUGCAGAUAAUCAAAAGCAGCACCGCCCAACAGAAGCGGCAGGAGAAGGCCCUGGCGCAGGACGAUUUCGAGAUGGCGGAGGGCACAGGUGCUCGACUCACUCGCCGUGUCGGCCAUCCACUGGCCACGAUUAAGGGAGAGCGCGAAACGGUCUUGACCUUCCUACAGGCGAGGAAUGGAACCCAGCUGACCACGAUCCUCAAUACGCUGCUGCAAGUGUGCGGUGCCUCGGGCAGCGAGGCCCACAACAUCAUCCAUAACCUGCGAGAAAUGGGUCCCGAUGCCAUUAGCCUGCUGCAGGUGAACGCCUUCAGCAUGCUGAUCGUCUCCCUGCUGGACAGCCUCACCAACAUUUCGCAGGGCCACAAGAGUGUCUUCUGUGCAGCCACUGCCGACAGCUGGGCGGUGCGCCUCCUCGAGAUGGGUGUGGCCAAGGUGGUGCUGCUCGGCCUGAUGACGGCUCUCGAUCGUUCCAUUGUGAGUCCCCCGACCAACAGCAAUAUGGAGGCCCUCAACAGCCUCAAUGGCGGUGGCUCGCUGCAGGACGUGAAAAGUUUGACGAGCACAAAGUCGGUGGUUACCGCAAAGCGUUCGACUCUACCAGCCGUUGGCAGCAUUAAUCAGCAGUCGGGCCCUGUCAUUGAUGGCGAUAGAAACUUUGUGGGAAGUCUGGUUAACGCCAACGCGCCCGUUGGUGCAGCUGUUCCGCUGCUAAGCGAUGUAUCCGGUGGCAGUUUGGGCAACGUCAAUCAACAGGGUCCAACAGCAUCCAUUAAGGGCUCCGACAAUACAGUGGCCAAUGCUGUGGAGGUCAAUGCUGUUGUCCAGGCGGCACUUUCUGUGCUCAGCUCCCUUACCGGACAGGCUGCUGGUGCUACAGCCGGCAGUAGUAGCCCCUCAUCGGGCACCACCACUGGCACGGGGUCGACUACCACAGGCUCCAGUACAUCUGGCAGCUCCACGGGACAAAUCGUUGGCAACACCAAUGAACAGGCAGCGGACACGGUCAUUGAGGGCGAUGGCAACAGCAAGACGAGUCUCGUCGGUGCCAAUGCUGUCGUUGGGGCAGUGGCUCCAGUUCUCACCCAAGUAUCUGGCGGCGCCAUUACCAAUACAAAUCAACAGGGCCCACGCACAGUUAUUAAGGGAAACAACAAUACGGAGUUUACCGCGGUUGAUGCCAAUGUUGUGCUCGGCUUGGCCGUUUCUCUGUUGAACUCCAUUACCGGUCAGGGCGCAAGUAACUCAACCGGAAGUAGUUCUUCGACUGCCACUGGCUCAACGGGAACCACUGGCUCAACAGGCUCCCCUUCUUCUGGAAGCUCAACGAGUGGAAGUUCUUCUGGCACUUCUGCCAACAGCGGAUUAAUAGGCAACGAUAUUAAAACGUCGGGAAGUUCGCUGACUGGCACAAACAAUGUGCUCGGUGGUCUGCUGAAUGUGGUAGCUCCGAUCGGCGCCAAUGUGCUCGCCCUCAACAAGAUAACGGGCGCUGGCGGCUCUUCCUCCGGCUCUUCCUCCGGCUCGGGCCUCAUUGGCAACCAAAUUGAAAGUGCCCUUCCAGCGAGUGGCGACAAGCUCAGUGGGAGCGGCAAUGUCGUCUCCAAGUUGGUCAAUGCCGCUGUGCCGAUUGGCCUCAAUGUCUUGGCCUUGAACAGCAUCACGGGCGGAGGCAGCGGCAGCGGCUCUUCUUCCUCUGGUGGGGGUGCUGGUGGACUUCUUGCGGGCAACUUUCUGACACAAAAAGGGGAUAUUGUCAGCGGCGACAACAACAAGCUCAUAAAUGUGGUGGAUGUCAGUGGCAAUAUACUUGCCAGCAUAUUGGCCCUGAACAGCAUUGAUGGCUCCAGUUCGGGCUCCGGUUCCGGUUCCGGCGUUGGCAAUUCAGUCAAGAGUGGACCCGGCCAGAUCAUUAUGGGCAACAACAAUGAGAUCCUCAAGGUCAUCGACGUGGAACCCAAUGUCCUGGCCAAUGUGGCCGCCUUGAAUAUCAUCAAGGGCAGCGGCGCCGCCUGCGUGGGGAACAGAGUCAGCAGUGGACCCAAUACGGAAAUUGUGGGCGAUAAUAAUCGAAUUUUUAAGCUGGUAAAUUUGGAUGCCAAUGUGCUGGCGGAUGUGGGAGUGCUGAACCAGCUCAUUGGGAACGUGGCCAACGACUGCAGCGACGAUACACCCACAACGCAGCCCCCAACGGAGCCGCCAACGCAGCCACCGACGCAGCCCCCCACGGAGCCCCCAACACAGCCACCGACUGGACCGCCAACUCAGCCGCCAACAGAACCACCCACAUACGGACCACCCACCAAUGAGCCACCCACGAAUGAGCCACCCACCAAUGAACCGCCCACCAAUGAGCCACCCACCGUCCGCCCGACCCCGCCCAAUCCCAACAACUGCUAUCGGCGCUACUGCCGCAAGUGGCGCACCCGCCCCAGCUACCUUUGCUACAAGAACUGCGGCGGACCGUUCACCUACAAGCCCUAGGUCGCAACAGCACGAGUUGCACUUGUUAUUCGUGGCACUGCCAGCCACCGUGCCGCUGGGCAUCUACUUGAUUUGUCUACUCUCUAAGCAAAACGUUGUUUAAUUUAUUUCAAAUAUACAUACAUGCAAAA